CAGAAUAUCAAGAAAGCAGAGGAAUAUCAGUUUAGAUCAGCUAUAGCUCAAAAACACUCAACCUAGCAUUUGAUAUUUCACAUGGCUACUGCAGGUAAUGCAAAGCAAUUUCUUGAGCAUUUGGAUGAGAAAGUGUUAGAAUGUCCACUCUGCUACGAAAGGCUUAAGGAUCCUAAAACACUUCCCUGCCUCCACACUUACUGCUUAUCAUGUCUCACUAAAUGGGUCAACGAGAAAGGUAGGCUACAAUGUCCAAACUGUCUCCAAUUCUAUGAUAUUCCCAAUGGUGGACUGAAAAAACUGCCUCCAAACACAUUCAUCAAUAAUCUACUGGAAUGUAUUGAGCAAUUUGAGAAUGCAGACAAGAUGAAAUGCUAUUGUGGCAAACACACUGCAGACUUCUACUGUCAGGAUUGCAUGCAGUAUAUAUGUAGUGAAUGUAAACACACUCAUGAAACUUUACCUGCACUGCUACAACACAAAUUACAUACAAUAGAAGAUAUUCAGUCGAUGACAAUAACACAGUUGUCUGCAUUACGUCCCCCGCUCUGUCCUGCUCACAAAAAAGAACUGGAAUUUUACUGUAACAUUUGUAAAGUUCCUGUUUGUAUGCACUGUACUGUCACUGAUCAUAAAGAGUUGGGUAGUAAGCAUGAACUUAAUCAUAUAUCUGAAGCAUUCAAGUUAUUCAAACAAACAUCUACAAAGUUGAAAAAUGAUGUUGAAGCCUAUAAAAACAAGAUUCAGGAGGCUCUUACUAAAGUUCAGCAUAAAAUUAUUAAACUUGAACAGUGUAGAGAAACAUGCAGAAAGGAUAUCAACAACUUUGUUGAAGACAUGAUUCAAAUGAUAACAGAAAAAGGUGAGGAACUUAACAGGAAUUUAGAUGAGGUGUACACAAAGAAGAAAACAAUUACAGAUACACAAACAGAUGAACUCAACACUAUUCUGCUGAAUGUUGAAACAAAAUGGGACUUUAUUGCUCAAUUACUAAAAAGCAAUGAAGCAACAGCUUUGCAGUCAAGUCAUAACACAAUUGCAGGUCUACAAGAAACAAUCCAGCAAUUACCAGGAACAGAACCAAAGGAUAAUGGAGAAAUGUAUGUUAACCUCAACAAAGAAUACAAUGCAAAGGCACUCAGACAGAAAGCAUUAGGUUUCAUUACUGAGAAAUGUUUAGAAAUGGUAAAUGUGCCCACAAUAUUACCCCAAGAACAAGAAUUUGAGUGUGAAAUAAUUCAACACAGUACUACUAAAAUAGAUAGUAAUUCACUAAAAGCUAUGUUGACAUCUCCUGGGGAGGAAACUUUUGGUGAUGAACCUAUUAGAGGAUCUCCUUUGAUAAUCACUGUACUCGAAAAGCCAGGUCUGGUGAAAACAAUAGAAACACAAGGAAAUAAGGCAUGUGAUGUAGUGAUGGCUGAAGAUGGUUGUCUGUUAGUGUCAGCUUUGAGCAAUGAAAUUCACAGGUAUAAACAAUCAGGAGAAUAUGCCAAUGGUGAUGUGGUCAAAUCAAUUGGUAAGGGAGUGUUAAAGAAUCCCUAUGGUAUUGCUGUAGAUGAGAAAUUAAAUGUAGUGUAUGCUGCAGACCGUAAUGAAGACUGUGUGUUCAUGUUUAACAUGGAUAAUGAUCAGAUGAUCAGAAGCAUUGCGUCAAGAGGUUACAGUGAAGGUGAAUUGUGGGCACCAUGGGAUGUUACUAUUACUAAUGAAGGACAUCUCAUUAUAGCAGACUGUUGUAAUAACAGAUUACAAUUAUUUGACAAUGAUGGCAAGUUCAUCAAGGUUCUUGUAGGUGGAGGUGAUCAGGAUGGUAAGGUGCAGUGUCCAUAUGCAGUGUUAAUAGAUAAGGAUAAUAACAUGCUUUUAACAAGUGAGACCAAACUACAGUUAUUCAACAGUGAUGGACAUUUCAUUAAAAGAAUUGAUCAAAAAGAAGAUGGAUUAAAUGGUCCUUUUGGAUUAUCAAUAGUUUCUUAUAAUCCAAGAAGAGUUGCUAUGUGUAUAAGAGACAGAUUGUGGGCACCAUGGGAUGUUACUAUUACUAAUGAAGGACAUCUCAUUAUAGCAGACUGUUGUAAUAACAGAUUACAAUUAUUUGACAAUGAUGGCAAGUUCAUCAAGGUUCUUGUAGGUGGAGGUGAUCAGGAUGGUAAGGUGCAGUAUCCAUAUGCAGUGUUAAUAGAUAAGGAUAAUAACAUGCUUGUAACAAGUGAGAAUAAACUACAGUUAUUCAACAGUGAUGGACAUUUCAUUAAAAGAAUUGAUCAAAAAGAAGAUGGAUUAAAUGUUCCUUCUGGAUUAUCAAUAGUUUCUUAUAAUCCAAGAAGAGUUGCUGUAGUAAAUUGUAGUGGUAGGAACAUUAAAAUAUUUAAUUACUGAAAUCAUAUAUAACAUACUUUUACUCAUCAAACCAUUCUAUUUUAGCUGAUGUACAUUAUGAAUCAAUUCCAUUAAAUAACAAAAAAAUGCAUUUUUAAACAAAAUUUAGAAUUCCAUAUUAAAUUUAUUGAAAGGAAAUAAAAUGCCCUUGCUAGGUACAUGAUUAAUGAAAAGUAAAUUAUUUGUUAAGUUUGAUUUCAUCAUACAGUAUUAGUUUCUUUCAUUUGACAGUGCUAAAGGACAGAUUUUGACCAUGUUAGCAUAUGAUUCAUGUAUACGUCUAUUUAGAUUUAGUACAUUAAUGUUUAAUUAAUAUAGUGAUCAUUUGAAAAUUCAAUCCAUUGUAUUGGUAUAUUACCAAAUAAAUGUUAAGUCAUUAAAAGAAAUAUUAUUAUUAAAGGUUGUAUUACACUGCAUGUAUACUUUAAUUGAAGGUGCCUACUUAAUUAUGAUGUUAUUAGACCCUAUAAAAAUAUUAUGUCUUUUAGUUUUUACCCUAUUUAGUCUGGAAAAUGUUAUGAGGGAGGCUUUUUAUUUAUUUAUUAUUUUGCUAAAACUAAAUAUC